ACUCGCGCAACCGUGCGCCCCGUGCCAUUACGUUUUGAAAUAACCCAGCAGUAUGGACCGGUUCGCUUUUGUCGGCGUUUUGGAUCGGCGCGCGCGUAACAGGCCGAGAACGGACGAUUUUUUUGAAUUUCGCUCUUCCGACCCGAAGCUGACGGACACGUGAAACCCGCCGCUGGACCGUCCGGUAAACAACGCACGUCUCUUCCGAUGUAUAUUUUUGUGCGACACCGCCGAGCCGUAUUUGUACAUGUUGUGGUGCCGCUCGCCAGACGGAAGCAUAGGAAGUGAAGUACGAUAAUAUUAUGUCAUCGACGAAUAAUGACUCGGAAGACGACGAUCCGAGGGUACAUUCGUCCGGGAUGUCAUCCUCGGGCCAGCCCAGACGAUACGAACUUUCAAAAUCCGAGUUGCGAAAGAACAAUAAACCAAUUAUGGAGAAAAAAAGGAGAGCCAGAAUCAAUCAGUGUUUGAACGAACUGAAAACACUUAUAUUGGAUGCGCUGAAGAAAGAUCCAGCAAGACACACAAAGUUGGAAAAAGCGGACAUCCUGGAAAUGACAGUGCGGCACCUGCAGUCAUUGCACCGGAAUGGCAGCUCCAGCCGACCACUGGCCUCGACCGCCUGUCCGACGGCCGAACCGUUGUCGCCUUCGUCAUCGACAGCGGCCUUAACUGCAGUAGUGGUUCAAAAGUUCCAGACGGGUUACCAGGAGUGCGCCGGCGAAGUGAACCGGUUCGUCGACCGGUUGGACGGGGUGGACGAAGAAAUCAAGAAGAGGCUGAUGUCGCACCUGGACUCGUGCGUGGCCAAAAUGAGGUACGUCGCAGCGGCCGCGAGCACGGUACCUCCCCCGCCACCCCCACCGCAUCCACACUUGAACCACAGUCUUUCGCUGCGCCAUCGGCUCGACCAUCGGCUGGACCAAGCGGCAGCAAUGGCCGCGGCCGCGUCGGUCCCGAUGCCAAGCGGUCGACCGGUUCUGCAGCAGUCGCUGCUCGGAGACUUGACGCCUCCGAUCGUCCCACCGACCGUCCCGUUGUCCGUCCCACCUCCACCCAUUCCGAAAGUCGGGCGUCUACGGACGAGCGCGUUCACGGCGGUACACGGUCAGCUCCCACCACCGGAUGUCGGUCCGACGCCUUUCGUGUAUUGCGACGAACCGGACGUGUCGUCGACCAGCUCGUGGGCCGAAGACAUGGCCGCCGCGGCCGCAUCCCUGCAGCACCCACCGCUUGAUUUUUCUAUGAAAAAAACGGCGGCUGGGUGCAGCAACAAGAGGCCCCUGGGCGAUAUAUCGGUAAACGUUCCUACGGCCGCCGCGUCGUCCUCGCACAAGCAUUCGGCGACGGCGGCAUCAAGCGGCGACGGCCCUACGGCCGCGCGUGUCCGAAGGCCGGAAGCGGUGGCCGCCGCAGUCAGACCGUGCGACGGUCCCGAUUCCGAUCCGAACAUGUGGAGGCCCUGGUGACGCCAUCCACGAUGAGUUGCAGAUAUAUACUGCAGCUGCAGUAGGGCUGGCGGUGUUUUCGAUAUGACGGUAAUUACCGGGUAUUGUUUAUAAAUUCGGUAUUUGGUAUAUACUUGGUAUUUGACAAACCGGUAUCUCGCUUACCGCUGUUACCGUGCCAAAGUAAUUACCGAAAAUAGCGUAUUCGUGUCUGUCCUCGGUAUGAAAGGGGCCAGUCUGUAUAAAUUAUACAUUUGGCAAAUCUAUACUUUGUAGUGAUGGUCCGUCGUCAUUCUAUGUAAAGAUGUAAACUGUGUAGACAUAUGGUGAACCAUGACUUCCUAAAAAGUAAGGAACUUCUGACCUAGAACGGUUUGUAUGACCAGAACCUUUUCGGCUUUUCCUAUUGACAUCAAAGCUACACCCGUAACACCACAGUAUUAAAAAAUAUUUUGUGACCAUUUUUUAAAUAAUGUUUACGAACAUAAUUUUCAAAAUAAAUAUUAUAUUUCCCUAGGUCAGAAAGAUUGUUCUAGAUUUAGCUACCGUAAAUACAUCACGAUUGCCGCGAUACGUGUUUUAGGUAAUUUUCGAGGUACGGUGUUUUAUAAGGCGAUGUUACCAAAAAUUCCGUAUAACCGGUAUUACGGACGAUACCACUAGUAAACAAAUACCGGAUACCGGCGGUAUCAAAAUAUUUGAAGUACCGCUAGCCCUUAGCUGCAGUGUUGGG